AUUCAUCCGGGACUUCGGUACCUCCUGUCCCCUCUCGCGCUCCCACAAAUCCAACAUGGCUGACUUACUAGGAGACGAUACCUUCUCUGACGAACAGGCCGUCGAUCCCGCAGCCGAGUUCCUGGCAAGGGAGCAAGACGACUUAGCAGAACUAGGGGAAGAUUUAGGAGGCCCUAACAGUGAUGUAGAGGGUGUUGGUUUUGACAUGUCGGGAGGUGAAGAGCCGGUUAUGAAUGGAUUUGAGGAUGAGGGGGAAAGUUCGGUAUCACAACAGACAGCUCCAACCCCUGUUACAAGAGAAGUUGAACACGAAUCAGUCAGAAAAUGGAGGGAGGAAAAGGCUGCACAGCUGGAAAAAAUGGACGAAGAAGAAAAGGCAGAAAUAGAGGAAUGGCGGGAACAAGCACAUAAAGAAUUAAAUGACUGGUAUGAUAGGAGAAAUGAGCAACUCGGAAAAACAAAGAAUAGUAAUAGGGCAGACGAAGAAUCUUUUGUAGCAGAACGUGACGACACCUCUACGCCUGGCACAGAGUGGGAGAAAGUGUGUCGUGCAUGUGACUUCAACCCAAAAGCGACGAAAAACACAAAAGAUGUGUCUCGGAUGCGCUCCAUCUUCCUGCAGCUUAAGCAAAACCCACUAGUGCGAGAUUAGCGAAACAUGGACCUGGGGAAUUUGUAUCUUAGACGAUUUCAAAUUAUUAUUGUCAUUCAUAUAAGUAAAGGUACUGACUACCUGGAAGGUCACCCAGGGAAAGGUUACACUGUAGGCUAUUCUUGUGUAAUUGUAAGUAUAGAGUUCGGAAGCACAGUGUUUUAGUGUAGGAUGGUACAUAUAGCAUUAGGGUUUCCGGCCCCUUUUAUUUGGCAUCGUUUUCUUGUGGCAUGUUUGUAGAUCUGGGGAUUGUUUUGAUGGUAACUUUUUGUGACUGUGAUAUUUAGCACUUUUUGGUACAAUCAGCGUCGCAUGCUUUUUGUGACAAUCAAACAGAGUUCUGAUUGGUGCUCUGAUCGGUUGCAUGACCUUUCCUGCUAAUUGCAUUGAGCUGUGAUAGGUGGAAUCGCAUUCAUUUGCUUUGUACUGACAUCAAAGGAACUCAGGAAAAGAAUUAUACUGUGGUAUAUAGCUCUUGUUGGUCAAUUAAGUUCUAGUCUGUCUGACAAAAGAAUUGUGACUGUCAAUGUUUUUUUUUGUUGUUGUUGUUGAUUUGAUCUUUUUUUUUUUAAUAAUGCAAACAUAAUCCAGCUUGGCUUUUUGCUGAAGUAUUUCACACAAAAGCCCACCCUUUGAUGACAAAUCUAAAAUCAGGCCAAAGCUCUCCAGCUUUCAGGAAAGCUUUUAUAUAUGCAGAGAUCCCUAGGCUAAAGUCCUUAUAUUUAUUACUCAGGGAAUCACGCUAAAAAGAGCACUUGAUAAAAGCAAUUGUCUGACAAAACACAGAAAAUGAUUCCAAAUCCAAGACUGCUAUACUGUAUAUUGCUAUUUUGUAGGCACCAGGUUCUUGGAAAGUCCUGGAUUUAAAACUCGUGCUUCUGAAGUGUAAUUAUUAUGAAAGCUCAUUCUGUCAAUGAUAAAGCAAUGGAAAUUAGGUUAACCAUACGAGGCACGCGCUGUACGCAUGCGCAGUAUUGUGAUUCAUGUCAUAUCUACUAAUAAAUGUUAUGUCUUUUUA